GGAAUUUAUGGGAAGUUGUAGAUAUUCUCUACCGCCUUCUAGGAGAUCAAGGCCAAGACACCGCGGCGGAGCGGCUCCACAGUGACCAGGACUAUAAGCUGUUACACGACGGGGUUAUGGAUCUCUUCAUUGAGCGCUUGGAGUCUGAUGUUGACAAAAUAAUGCAGCACAAGCUGCAACUUAAGCCAUCCGAUUACUUUACGGACGAGGAGGAUGAGUUCAAGGAAGAAGAAGAUGAUGAAGGUACUACUUUUGAUCCUCAUCGUUUCGUUACCAAGGCUGCAGCGUGUUUCGUUACCAAACACCCCAGGGCCUCUCACGCUGCCCUCUCCAUUUUGCUGUGUGAAAGCAUUGCGAAGAGGAUUUUCACACCCGAAUCAGAUCAAUCGUAUGAAUUGGAAGAGUGGGAGAAGUUUAGGAAAUUGGUUUUGGCGCCCUUGCGCAGUUAUUGGUAUCGUCAAGGAAUGUUUGAUCAUCGAUGGAGCUUGGUGUUUGAGAAGCAGAAGUCGUGGCAUCGUCAAACCGUAGUUAACACUGACAGGCGGAGGAGAUUUGAGGUUGAGAAGUAUUUGGAGGAGGUGAAAGUAGCAGCAGCAAGAGGAGGAGGUGGCAUUGGCAUAAUAAAGCCGAAUGCUUUGGUUCCAAGAGAGAUCAUAAACUAUACUUGCAAUGCGGAUUUCACGGAAGCGGUUCAGCUUCAGGGAAGGGUUUGGGCAACUUUAAAAAUUGCGUGGCAACAUGUCUCUCAAUUUAUGGGCUCCCCUACUGAUGUUCAUUUUGAGGCUGUCAAACGCAUUCUCCGUUACCUGAAAGGCACGCUCGGAUAUGGUCUACCCAUUCACCUUUCUCCUGCCCCCUCUCUUCUUGUCGCAUACUCUGAUGCUGAUUGGGCUGGAUGUCCCGAUACUCGACGCUCCACCACUGGGUAUUGUGUUUUCUUAGGCAAGACUCUUAUAUCUUGGAGUGCUAAAAAGCAACGCACUGUAUCUCGUUCCAGUGCGGAGGCCGAAUAUCGUGCACUUGCCCAUGCUUGUGCUGAUACAAUUUGGAUUCAGAGUCUUCUUCAUGAACUUCACUUCUCUCUUUCUAAACCAGUUCUUCUUCAUUGUGACAAUUUAUCUGCAACCUACAUGGCUGCCAAUCCUGUCUUUCAUUCCCGCACUAAACAUGUUGCUAUUGAUUAUCAUUUUAUCCGUGAACGUCUUACUGCUGGAAGUCAUCAAGUGCGGUUCAUUUCAUCUCAAGAUCAGCUUGCUGAUGUAUUCACAAAAGGCCUACCUGCAGCCCGUUUUGCGCAUCUUGUGUCCAACCUUGUCACCUAUCCGGCGUCAAGUUUGCGGGGGAGUGUUAGGGAGUUACCACCACAAUCAUGACAUUCAAUCAUAGUUAUGCCCA